UUUACUCCUAGCAAACAUGUAAGUGAGAAAAUUUGAAAUUCAAAUAUUUCCCGCUCUUAAAAUGCGGUAAGGUAUUUUUUAGUACAUUUAUUUAUGGUUACGCGUAUCGGUUAUCAGUUCAUCGAUAUGGCGACAGUGUGGCAUCACUGAGAUUCGCGAUAACCAUAAAAUACCUUGUGCUACCCAUCUCUUAGUCGCGUUAAACAAUAAGCAAAAGAACGAUAAAAAUAAAAGUUAUUAGACAAUAAACACUCUUAACCAAAUCAGGGCAUAAAUCCAAAAACUCAAAAUUGAGAAAUAAUAAAAUACCAAACAUCAAAUUUUUCGGCAAUCAAACCCCCUAAAUCAGAAUAAUGACUGGAUCUUUUAGUGUAAAGCUAAAAUCGAAAAAAGGUCAAUUCAUUGUUAAUGACCUAAACGAAAACACAACAAUAGCUGAGCUUAAAACAAGGAUAUGUGAAGCGACGGAAAUAAAAGAACCACAGUUGCACGUGCUGGUGGGCUUUCCACCACGGCCGCUGGAUCUCAGCGACGAGCAGCAGCGUAAUCUACGCUCCAUUGGAAUCCAAAGUGGCGAGACGCUGAUUGUGGAAGAAAAGGUGGUUUCCGUGGUCAACAAUUCUGUAACUAUGGAGGAUGACGAGGCGCUGGCGCGUCGUCUCCAAGCUGAGGAAGAUGCAGAGCAUCUGCGUCAGGUGACAACAAGCAAUACUGAACUGAACGCCAUAAGCACUGGCGCUCAGACCAGCAACAGCGAGAGCGAGCACGCAACAGUGGCCGCACCCGCGGAAGCUGGACCCAAUGGCGACUUCAAUGGUAUUCUAUUGAAGAAGGUUGUGCCAGCGGAUAACUCAUGUCUCUUUACAAGCAUACGCUUCGUGUUGAAUGGCAAAGUAGAUAACGAAGGCAGCGAAAUGAUGCGCCACAUAAUCGCGCAGGAGGUAGCCGCCGAUACGCAGCAAUACAAUGAUGCCGUCCUAGGAAAAUCGAACGCAGAGUACUGUGCCUGGAUACAAAAGGCGGACUCGUGGGGCGGUGCCAUUGAAGUAUCGAUACUAUCCAAUUAUUAUGGAAUAGAAAUCGAUGUCGUUGAUAUACAAAAUGCCAUUAUUAACCGUUUUGGUGAAGAUAAGAACUUUGGCUUGCGAGUGUUCCUACUCUUCGAUGGCAUACACUAUGAUCCACUUUACAUGGAGAUAUCACAAAGCGCCUCCCCAGCUACCAUCUUCCCCGUGGAAGAGCUGGGCGUUUAUCAGCAAGCUGAGCAACUAGCGAACGAAGCAAAAUCCUCACGACAAUUUACAAAUGUCGAUAAGUUCAAUCUUCGUUGCUUACAAUGUGAUCUACUGCUUGUGGGCCAGGCACAGGCCCAACAGCACGCCAAGGCUACGGGUCAUGCGAACUUUGGAGAAAUUUAAUACGUACUGAUUUUUG